AUGAAGGACUAUUUCCCGGGCCCCAUGCCGCGCUACGCCAGGAGGUGGAGAGCCGCGCGCACCGUACACUUUCCCAACGACGUCGUCUUUCAGGACCACAUCAAGCAGGGGGACCUGGAGCAGGUGGGCAGGUUCAUCCGCACCAGGAAGGUGGCUUUGGACACCAUCUACCCCUCCGGCAUGGCGGCGCUGCAUGAGGCCGUGCUCACCGGCAACCUGGACUGCGUCAAGCUGCUCGUCAAGUACGGAGCCAACAUCCACCAGCGGGACGAGAACGGCUGGACGCCGCUGCACAUGGCCUGCAGCGACGGCUACGCCGACAUCGCCAGGUACCUCAUGGAGCUGGGCGCCAGCCCCGAGGCCACCAACGACGCCGGCGAGAAGCCCGCCGACCUGGUGGACCCCGACUACAAGGAGCUGGUGGAGCUCUUCGAGGCCGCCACCAUGGACUGA